UUUGAUGCGGUUUUCGUUAGGCAGUGCCAUAUACAGUCAGUGUAUAAUGUUUAUAAUCUAUACUACAGAUGUGUUUAACUUCUGAAGCUGAUUUGUCUCCCAUGGCGCUAUAGUAAAGCACGUAUUUCAAAAUGACAACAGAAGAUGUUUGUCGAAUUUGCGGGAAUACAAAAACAGUUAAAAUGUUUCGCUUUUCGGAUACAAUUUGUGAUAGCAAUAGAACAACAGCUCAAGUGAUAGAAGAUUGUUUCGGAUUAUCGAUAUCGGAAGACGAACUAUCUAGCUUUUACUGUAUUCAAUGUAAAAAUGAUCUGAAAGUAGCACUAAAGUUGAUUACCAGUAUUCGGGAAUCAGACCUAAAACUCAAAUCGAUUCUAACAAUUCCAAAAGUAGAAGUAUUAGAACCAACGGUUGAUAACAUAUCUUCGGUAUACGCCGGAGAAAUUGAAAUCAAAUCCGAAUUAACUGAUGACUGUUUUGACGAAGUUGACAAUGAUGUUGAUGAGCAUAUUGCACAUUCAAGAACCACACACUCUAAAAGACGAACAAGAAGCCAACAUGUUGCUCAAAGCAUCGAAGUUGUUGAGAGUGAGGAGGAAAUUUUGCUGGAAGAAUCUGUUGUGCAUACGGGCGUAAAACAGACAAACUCGGAAGUGCAUAUUAGAAAGACCAGGCGAUUCAGUACCUACACUACUCGUUCGGAGGAUGCUCUGUCCGCAUCAUCGGGUGAUUCGGACGAUUCCGAUUUCGAACCGGAUUGUGAUUCGCGAGAGGAUUCGGAGGGUAACAAAGUCAAACAGCGCGCAUAUUAUGGCGUCAAGUCCAAUUCGCAACCAAGGAGAUGUUGUGCGUGCAAAAAUUUUCCUCUCGAUUCGCACGACAAAGUACAAGAGCAUUCCGAUAAGUACCACCUCAAGAUGCGUAUGGCAAACCCGAAAGACUACGGAGAUAAGAUAUUCGAAUGUCCGGCUUGCUUCAUGAGGUUCGACGUGAAGAAGUUGUUCCUACAGCAUCAACGCAAGAUGUACGUGGAUAUGUUGCAUCCCUGUAAACAAUGCGAAGAGGAGUUCGCUAAUUUCUACGUCCUACAAAAACACAUACAACUCAACCACCAACGGAAGUUGAAACUCCGUGAACUCGAAGAACUGCGUAUUAAAAGCAACAUUUGUUGUGGCUGUCGGACGAAGUUCAACUCCCAGGAGGAGUUAAGGGAGCAUGCCUUGAAAGUUCACUUUCCCCUACGUGAGCCGCCAGAUGGCGACAAUACAGUGGAAUGUGAUAUCUGUUGCAAGACUUACAAAUCGAUCAAGUAUCUUAAAGACCAUCGGUUGCGAUUCUUCAAAAAGAAGAAUUGGAUAUGCGCUCAGUGUGGUAAAAGUUUUCGGGAGAAGACGCAACUGGAAGGGCAUGAGGAUUCCCAUCGAAAUGUUCGAAAAUACGAGUGUCCCAUCUGCCACGCUAAGUUUGCCAUGAAAGCUUCCUGGCAGGCGCAUGUGAAAUACCACGAUGCUCAAGAAAUCUAUCAUUGUGAGUAUUGCGGGAAGGGUUUCCGGAAAAAGGGUCUGAUGAAGGCACAUUUGCGUAUUCACUCAACCGAUCGGCCUCACAAGUGUCCCAUGUGUCCGCUGACAUUUACCCAAAAGAAUCGCCUAAACUCCCACGUAUUGGAGCACUCCGGCCAGAAGUCGUUCAAGUGCGAUCGCUGCCCGGCGUCCUACGUCCAUCAGCGAGCUCUUCGACGGCACGUCCGCGAAAAACACGAGGGACUUCACUCUUUCAAGUGCCACAUUUGUCCCAAGGGAUUCAUCGAACUAAAACCACUGCAGGUUCAUUUGAAAACGCACGAACGGAGUCACGAGGCGACUUUCUCAAAAAGUUAA